AUGGACGCGGCCCGGGCGAGUUUUUUCCGGGCGGCCCCCGCCGCCCUCAGCGCCGAGACCGAGGCGGAGAGCCGUCCAGGCGGAGGGGGCCCGCUCGCCCUGCCGGCCGCCUGCGGGGGGUGCGGGCAGCGCCUCCAGGGCCGCCGGCCCAAGCUGCUGCCCUGCCUCCACUCGCUGUGCCGCCGCUGCCUGCCGCCGCCGCACCGCUACCUCCUCCUGCCCUCGCCCGCCGGCCGCCCCAAGGACGCGCCCCUUCAGCCGGCCCCGCCCUCGCCGCUGCGCUGCAAGCCCGUUUCAGCUCAAGAGAAAAAAAUGAGGUACUGCUUUAUGAGUUUGAGGAAAGUAAACGAAAAAUUUGUAGGCUUGAUAAUUUCCCCCAUUCUUUUUUUCCUACCAGUUGCGGUUGUUUGCUGCCCAGUUUGUGGCCAGGAAUCUGCCGAAAGACACAUUAUAGAUAACAUCUUUGUGAAGGAUACUACUGAGGUUCCUAGUAGCACAGCAGACAAGUUAAAUCAGGUUUGUUCAAGCUGUGAAGACAAUGCAGAAGCCAAUGGGUUCUGUGUGGAAUGUGUGGAAUGGCUGUGUAAGACCUGCAUAGAAGCUCAUCAGAGAGUGAAAUUCACAAAGGACCAUCCAGUCAGACAGAAAGAUGACGUAUCUUCAAAGGCUGUUGAUAAAACUUGUCAACGACCAGUGUUCUGCCCUUAUCAUAAAAAGGAGCCCCUGAAGCUCUAUUGUGAGACUUGUGACAAAUUGACAUGUCGGGAUUGUCAGUUGCUGGAACACAAAGAGCACAGGUACCAGUUUAUAGAAGAAGCCUUUCAGAAUCAAAAGGUGGUAAUUGAUACGCUUGUUACAAAGCUGAUGGAGAAAAGUAAAUACAUAAAAUAUACAGGCGAGCAGAUCCAGAAUAGGAUCCUUGAAGUGAAUCGGAAUCAAAAGAUGGCAGAACAGGACGUUAAAGUUGCCAUUUUUACAUUGAUAGUAGAAAUAAGUAAGAAGGGGAAAGCUCUGUUGCAUCAGCUAGAGUGUCUGGCUCAGGAACACCAGAUGAAGCUUCUGCAGCAACAAGAAAAAGUGGCCAGGCUCUCUAAGCAGUUGGAACAUGUCAUAAACUUUUCAAAUUGGGCUGUUUCCAGUGGGAGCAGCACAGCUUUGUUAUACAGCAAACGGCUGAUUACAUAUCGGUUGCGAUACCUCCUUAGAGCAAGGUGUGAUGCCUUACCAGUGUCUAACCCCACUAUUCAGUUUCACUGUGAUCCUGGCUCCUGGGCCCAAAAUAUUUUCAACUUAGGUUCCCUGGUAAUUGAAGAUAAUGAAAUCCCACCACACAUGCCUAAAAGCCCUGUGAUGGAGCCAAACAUACAGCCACAAAGUGGCAUCAAACCUUCAAAUCAACUAUCCAAGUUCCCAACACAGAUCAGUUUAGCUCAACUGAGACUUCAGCACAUGCAGCAGCAGGCCCUGGCUCAGAGGCAGCAGGCGCAACGGAGGUCAGGUCCUGUGGGUCUCCCAAAUCCUAGAAUUGCAGGGCCCAUGGACCAGACUCCCCCACCACCACCGCAGCAGCCCCUUCCACAUUUAGUUAACUUUCAGGUUCACAAUCCCAAAUCAGAUGGCUCAGUUCCUCAUCCAGCCGCAAGGCCCAGUCUGCUACAGAUGGCAUUCUUGGCACAGCAAGCUAUUAAACAGUGGAAAAUCCACAGUGGACAAGGUUCUGCUGCGCCCUCAAAUGCCAGCAGUACUACUACAACUGCCUCUAGUCCCACUAGUGCUAUUGAAUACGAUGAGAAGACACUUGAUCCACCUGUGAUAGAUCUGACUUCAGCAAGAAGUGGUUCCUACACACUACCUUCUCUUCCUGAUAUGGAUUGCUCAGAAGCUAUUUCCAUGGGUAGCGUUGCCAGGAGAGAUGGAAUUUUGGAGCACAACCAAUCCAAACACGCUUCACACAAAACUGUCCAGUCCCCAAAUUCAUCAGUACCAUCUCCAGGCCUUCCAGGGGCAGUUAUUAUUUCUGGCCCUCCUCCUCCAGUUUGUUCAGCAAGUGCCUCCAGUGUUGGAAGUCGAGGCAGCUCUCAUUCUUCUAGCAGACCAUCAGGUGCUGAUUCAACCCAGAAAGUACCAGUAGUUAUGUUGGGGCCCAUCAGAAUAAAACAAGAGUCUGGCGUACCAAGUGAGAACGAUGAUUUCCCAGUUGUAAUAGUGAAGCAGGACACAGACAAAGAAUCCCGUAGCCAAAAUACUGUUUUUUCUAGAAAUUUACCUACCUCACUGGUGUUGAAUACAAAUCAUAAUCACUCCUCUGAAGAAAGAGUUUUGAGAACUGAAGCAGCAGAUAGUACAGAUGACCAGCUAUCUAGUGGCAAGAGAACAUGGAUAGCGGCUGCUCAUAUUGAAGGAAAUAGAAAAGAUGAGGAUCCCAAUGAGGACUGGUGUGCAGUGUGUCAGAAUGGAGGAGAGCUGUUGUGCUGUGACAGAUGUCCUAAAGUGUUCCACCUUUCUUGCCAUGUUCCCGUACUCAGGAAUUUUCCAAGUGGAGAGUGGAUUUGCUCAUUCUGCCAUGAUUUGUCCAACCCACAAGUAGAAUAUGAUUGUGAUAGCCCAAGUCAUAUGUCUGAAGAAAGAAGAAAACUGAAAGGCAAUAUUGGACUAUCACCUAAAGAUCAGAAGAGGUGUGAAAGACUACUGCUGUACCUUUACUGCCAUGAAAUGAGCCUUGCUUUUCAAGAGCCUGUCCCUCCCACGGUGCCUGGCUACUACAAAAUCAUUAAGAAGCCAAUGGACUUGUCAACCAUCAAGAACAGACUGCAAGCUCAUCAUCCGUCAUACACAAAACCAGAAAAUGUUGUGGCUGAUUUCCGACUGAUUUUCCAAAACUGUGCUGAAUUUAAUGCGCCUGAUUCAGAAAUAGCAGAAGCUGGCAUGAAACUGGAAGCCUACUUUGAGGAACUUCUGAAGAAUAUUUAUGCUGACAAAAUAUUCUCCGUCCAGCCCUAUUACCACGCUGAAAUAGGUAAUCCGGACUUAAAAGACAAGUUGGAUGAUGACUUUGUACAGCCCCCCAAAAAACGCCACAAAUUGGAACAGAGGGACUUUUUAAAAUGAACUGUUUAUAUGUACUGUUAAGUUCCUUGGUAUUUAUCAGCAUCCACUUCCUGGAGGAAAUUUUGAGAUGACUUCUACAUCUGUGGACCCUUACUGAGAUCCAUACUUUCUUAUUAGUACAGAUAUACUAAGAAUUGAAGUGUGUAGGAGACCUUAUAACAUUUCUAUAAAAAUGAAUCCUCCUUGGAAGCUUAUUAUACCCCACAAUAGAGUGAAUGUUGUUCAAAUCUUUUAUUUUAAAAAGGUUUCUUAAAAGUUGCAAUUGAAUUUAAUGGUUUUUCUGUCAAAAAAUGUGACCCCCCCCCCCGAGAUAUUUAUCUUCCAAAGGCAUGUGACUGGCCAUACUUCAGUGCCUAUGCAUAACCACUGGGGAUAGGAGGUGGAGGAGAAAAAACAUAAUUUGAUACUGACUGCUAAAAUGAAUUGUAGUUGCCCUUAGAGAGUUACUCAUACACUGAAAUGUACACUGAAGUGGAGGAAAUUAAUUAAAAUACUUUGAAAAAUA